CAAAAAUGAUCGAAUACUACUUAUCUUCGUUACCAUCAGACAGUACAAAACUCGAUGUAGAUAAGCUUUAUUGAGUCCUCGAGAAGUUGAACACAGAGGUUUUUGAAAAGGCACUCAGAAUGAUUGAAGAUACUGAAUCCCAAAGGGGUCAUGGUAAUAAAGCAGUAGAUUUAAUAGUCACUAAAAGCGGUGAACGAAAGUUUUAUGUCGUAAAUGAUAAAGCACUGUUUGAUGAUGAAGAAGAUGAAGUAUUAAUGAAAUAUAUUAACAAAGAGACAAUCAAACAGAAGGAGAAAAAGGGUAUCUAUUACAUACUUGCUGAUACAUGCUUUUGUAGUUGACAUUACUAUACCAAAUUUGUGCUUGAGAAAGAAGCAGAAAUGUGCCAUCAUAUCAUGGCAGCCAAAAUAUGAGAGAAAUUAAAUAUAUUUCAAGAGAAGAAAGUCAUUGAAGAUUAUGAAUUCAGUGAUUAUUACAAAUGUCCGAACCUCUAAAACAGGUUAUUUUCCUACUGCUGAAGGAAGACUGGUUAUGAUAAAGAUACAUUCCUACUUUUAAAUAGACUGAUCUUAAGCAGGAGUUCUUUACUAAAAAUACCCAUGUUAUUCAACAUCAUU